GUGGGUAACGGGGUCGGUCUCGCGUCGUUAACGCCGCAUCGCCCCCUCUUUUGGUUCGUUUGUUAUCCCGCCAUUGCUCUGCUCCUUCCCUUCCCUUUAAUAACCAACUCCUCCACCUCCUUCCUCCGAUCUCCCCGUCUCCUCUCCUCUCCUCUCCUAGAUCUCUCGUCAUACUCACACACGCACCCGCAUUUGCAAAUGGCGGAGGAGAAGCUUGCCAAGCUGCGCGAAGCCGUUGCCGGCCUCACGCAGAUCAGCGAGAAUGAGAAGUCCGGCUUCCUCAGCCUCGUCUCCCGCUACCUCAGCGGCGACGAGGAGCUCAUAGAGUGGGCCAAGAUCCACACUCCGACCGACGAGGUGGUGGUGCCGUACGAUACCCUGGAAGCCCCGCCUGAAGACAUCGAGACGACGAAGAAGCUGCUCGACAAGCUAGCUGUGCUGAAGCUCAACGGCGGCCUGGGGACGACAAUGGGAUGCACCGGACCCAAAUCGGUCAUUGAAGUGCGCAACGGAUUUACUUUCCUCGACCUGAUUGUUCUCCAAAUUGAGUCACUCAACAAGAAAUAUGGCAGCAAUGUGCCACUGCUUCUGAUGAACUCCUUCAACACCCACGAAGACACCUUAAAGAUUGUUGAGAAAUAUGCAAAUUCAAACAUUGAUAUCCAUACAUUCAAUCAGAGCCAGUACCCUCGUGUGGUAGCUGACGAGUUCUUGCCAUGGCCUUCCAAGGGGAAGACCUGCAAGGAUGGCUGGUACCCUCCUGGCCAUGGUGACAUCUUCCCGUCGCUGAUGAACAGCAGCAAGCUUGAUUUAUUACUCUCACAGGGAAAAGAGUAUGUAUUCAUUGCAAACUCGGAUAACUUGGGCGCUAUUGUUGACAUGAAGAUAUUGAACCAUUUGAUCCACAAGCAGAAUGAGUAUUGUAUGGAGGUUACCCCGAAAACAUUGGCUGAUGUAAAAGGAGGCACACUGAUCUCAUAUGAAGGAAGGGUUCAGCUUCUGGAGAUUGCACAAGUUCCUGAUGCACAUGUGAAUGAGUUCAAAUCAAUUGAGAAAUUCAAGAUCUUCAACACAAACAAUCUAUGGGUGAACUUGAAGGCUAUCAAACGCCUUGUUGAAGCUGAUGCACUCAAGAUGGAGAUCAUUCCAAAUCCUAAGGAAGUGGAUGGUGUGAAAGUUCUUCAGUUGGAAACAGCAGCUGGUGCAGCAAUCAGGUUCUUUGACCAUGCAAUUGGUAUCAAUGUUCCAAGGUCCCGGUUCCUACCGGUUAAGGCAACAUCAGAUUUGCAGCUAGUACAGUCGGAUCUAUAUACCUUGGUUGAUGGCUUUGUUACGCGCAAUUCAGCUAGAACAAAUCCAUCAAAUCCCUCAAUUGAACUGGGCCCUGAGUUCAAGAAGGUUGGGAACUUCCUUGGUCGCUUCAAGUCGAUCCCUAGCAUUGUUGAGCUUGACAGCUUGAAGGUGUCUGGUGAUGUUUGGUUUGGUUCUGGCAUUGUGCUGAAGGGGAAUGUGACAAUCACAGCAAAACCUGGUGUGAAGCUGGAAAUCCCAGAUGGAGCACUGAUUGAGAACAAGGAGAUCAAUGGCCCUGAGGACCUUUAAAGAAACAUUGGAGCGCGCUGCCUUCUCAGUGGCAGAUCACUUUUCACCAUUUAUUGUAGAAUCAAACAGGCCCCAUAACAUAGUGGAGAAUAUUCAUUAUCCAAUUUUGCU